CACAACGUUCAGGGUCUUUGUUCUGUACAAACGUAGCAGUUUUAAGCUCAACCAUGUAGUUCUUUUGUGAACCUAACUAUAGUGGUUUUAUUGACCAAUCUUAAAGUGACGCCAAGGGUAACUAUAGUGGUUUUGAUGGCAAAAAUAAAGUGAGGCCGAGGGGCAUGACGAAGCAGCGGUACGUGACGAGUUGAGAUGAGAACGUGUUGAACAAACUGAACAGGAAGAGGAAGCUCUCAUCUACAUUAAACUUCAGCUGUAUUUCAGUCUGAUGCUCAGACAGCAACAAGACGACAUGGAGGUUACAGCUCUCUGCUUCAGACUGAUGAUACUCGUAUUCAUUCUGCUCAGUGCACAUGUUCAGAACAGAGAUGCAGCUUUCCGUAUCGUUCCAAUCAGACUGCAGUUCUUUGAAUACGAGUCGGUCCAUUUUCACUGCGAGGGUCUGGAUGGCUCCACUCAGCUGAGAGGGAUCAGGAACGCAGAGGAGUUUAUUUCAGCCUGCAACGAGAGGACGCUGGUGCUAUCCGGCACGAUUCUAAGAGCCUAUCCAGCAGACGCUGGAGAGUACUGGUGUGAGACUGAAGGAGGAGAGAGGAGCGACGGUGUGAACAUCAUCGUCACUGCUGGUUCAGUGAUCCUGGAGAGUCCUGUCCUCCCUGUGACGGAGGGAAACGAUGUGACUCUGAGCUGCAGGAACAAGACGACUUCCUCCAACCUCACAGCUGAUUUCUAUAAAGACGGCCUCCUCAUCAGGAGCAGCUCUACAGGAGAGAUGACCAUCCACAGCGUCUCCUGGUCUGAUGAAGGACUCUACAAGUGUGACAUCUCUGGAGCUGGAGGAUCACCAGAGAGCCGGUUAGCACUUCACAGAGAGACGUGUCCCUCCUCAGACCACUUCAUACAUGUGGUCCUGGUCUUGAGGACUGUGUCCACCAUAGUGAUGGUGGCUCUGCUGCUGCUGCUGGUGGGACUGCUGCAUUGUGGGAAACUCAGAGUCAAGCAGAAAUAACUGGUCCUCAUGUUUACAGGUCAAAGGUCGUUUGGUCAUCAAGAAAAGACGUUUGAACAUUUCAUCUUCUGUCUUUACUUUGACCUUUGUUCAAGUUGGCUAUAAGGUGUCAGACUUCUCUGUGUUACUUGUUCAUACUUGCAGUGGCUGUUAGACUUUCUCACACACAGAAAGGUUAACAACCACAGAGCUACUGACUGAUGCAUGGACUAUUUUUAAAAAGCCAGAUGACAGUUUUCUCAGUACAUGUUGUUGUUCUAUGUUUAGUUUUAGACUCUACAGAUGCUGCUGAUCAUUUGAGCUCCUCAGACACAAACCACAUGAGAGAAUAUAUGAAUAGAAGAGGUGUUCAAGAGGCUCUGUAGAAACAACAAGAUGUUCACAGUUUGAUAGGUUUAGCAUUCAGCUCAAAGCAGCUGUUCCUCAGUGCAGCCUCACAGAGCUGCUAGCGGACUGUAGACCAGCGGUUUCCCAACAUGGAGGUCGAGACCCCACAAGAGGUCAUGA